AUGAGAUGCUUUUUAAUCAAAACUCUUGAUAAACCAUUGCAACGCUUUUUCGAAUGGUACACUCGACGGAUCCUCGUCGAUCAUUAUAUCCUUUUCAUAAUCUGGCCCUUGUGGUUGACGAUAUUUCUGGGCAGCGGUUUCUAUUGGAUUGAGGAAUUGACAUUGUUGGAUGCGAGGAAACUUUACACUCCAAUAUCGGCUCCAUCGUGGAUUGAAGAGGAGACUUUCUCACAAUUAUGGCCAAUAAAAUCAUUCGAAUUCCUGCCCGAGCGAACAUUUCAAUGGAAUCGAUAUUUGUAUGUGGUUGUGCACGGGAGAAUUCUCAAAAAUAACUCAUAUCCAAAUAUCCUUGAAGAACCCUACUUGACAAAAAUCACGGAAAUCGAAGAAGAAAUCGCGAGAAAAGUCGAAUUUCCGAUGGAGGAAAAAUGGAAAAAGAAAAGAAAUGAAAGUGAAGGAAAAGGAAAUGAAACGAUCGGAUUUAAGGAUAUUUGCCUGAAUUGGUAUGGGGAUUGUUAUCGACAAACUGGGUUGAUCGAGAUGUUGAAAAGGAGGAAAGAGCUGUCAACUCACGGGAUUUCCGUUUCCUAUCCGGUGGCCAAUCCUGAAGGAUCCCCAAUAUACAUUGCAUUCAAUGUGGGCGGGGUGGAGACAUUUCCAAAUGAUACAAUCAAGUCAGCCAAAGCGAUGCGUCUCUUUUAUUUCCUCCGUUUUGACACUGCCGAAAUGAACGAAAUGUCGACGAAAUGGGAGGAUGAAGCGAGUCGAUUCAUCGCAAAAACUUAUCAAAAUCACUCGUGGAUACAGUGUCACAUCAAGCACUCCCGCAUCCUUGAUCUUGGUCUGACAGCGAAUGCGAAUCGCCUCAAGCCCUACUUCACUGUCACCAUUUUUGUGCUCAUCGCGUUUACGACAUUUUAUGCUGUCAAAUGGCAUUUCGGGAGUGACAAUGGGAAAUGGAGAGUGUCAAUUGAUUGGCUUCGCUCGAAACCGAUGCUCGCCUUGGGUGGUGUGCUCACGGCCGGAAUGGCGAUUAUGAGCGGAAUCGGUCUCAUGCUCUGGUUCGGGAUGUUCUUUGCCGAGAUCACACUGAUGGCCCCAUUUCUUGUGCUAUCCAUCGCUGUCGAUGAUAUGUUCAUCGCUGUCGCUGCAUGGCAUAACACUGAAAUUGAGUUCCCAGGCAAUUCGGAGAAAGUGCUUAAAGAGCGAAUGGUUGGUGCGAUGUCGGAAGCGGCUGUGGCUAUCUUUAUCACCUCGGCCACCGAUGUUUUCUCGUUUGCCAUUGGAACGUUCACUGACAUCAAAGCUGUCGAGGGCUUCUGCGCGAUGACGGCCGCCUGUAUGUUCUUCACAUUCUUCUAUCAGGUGACAUUCUUCGCCGCUUUGUUAGUCCUCUCGGCGAAGACCCAAUUGAACGGGCGAAACUCGUGCAUCCCUUGUGUGAAAGCUGCCGACAUUCAAGAAUCAUCCUUAGCAAAACUCAAAAAGAUUUCCCAACAACAACUCGGUAAUCCUUCAGAACAAGCGAAUCUUCCGAUCAAAGCUUUCGGCUUUAUGGGAACAUUCUUUCGAGAUGUCUAUGUCCCGAUUUUGCUCAAUUUUUGGUCAAAAAUCGUCAUUUCGAUAGCUUUCAUCGUUUAUCUCAUGAUUUCCAUUUAUGGGAUUACCGUAAUGGAACAGGGAUUGGAUUACGAGAAACUUUUGAUUGAAACGGAUCCUCUCGUGGAAGCGCUAAGAACCGAAAUACAACUGUUUCACGGGGGAGAUCAGAUCGAAAUCGCCAUUGUGAACGCUCCAGACAUGACAAAGCAAGAGAAUCGAGAUCUCAUUGAGAAAAUCGUUCAACAAUUUGAAUCAACAUCUUAUGGAAUUGGCAAGAAAGGGACAACUGUAUGGACAAGAGAAUACGAGAAAUAUGCAAAUAUGACAGGUUCAUAUUUGAAUGACGAUCACGAUUCGUGGGUGAUCGGAGUGUAUGAAUGGAGUCAACUCUUCGCUUUCUAUAAACUUUGGUCUCAAGAUUUCGUGUGGUCAAACAGCUCAAAUCCCGAAGAACUUCGCCUUAUCUCCUUUCGUUUCCGAAUCGGGGUCACCGAUUUCUCGACUCCAUCGGAUUUGGUGGCUGUGACAGGCGAGUUGAGAAGUGUGGCCACAGAAUAUCCACAGCUGAAUAUCAUCACGUAUCAACAGAGUCGAUCGAUCGCUGAUCAGCUAAACGUCAUUCUCCCAUCAACCAUUCAAAAUGACUCGUUGGCCAUUGUUUGCAUGGUCAUUAUUUCUCUACUUUUCAUCCCAAAUCCCCUGUGCACUUUGUGGAUCACAAUCGCUAUCAUAACAAUCGAUAUUGGUGUAAUCGGUCUUCUUUCUUUAUGGUAUGUGAAAUUGGAUCCGAUCUCGAUGGUCACAAUUAUAAUGAGUAUCGGCUUUUCGAUUGAGUUCUCCGCGCAUAUCACGCACGGAUUCAUGAAUGGGGUAAAUUUGACGCCGAAAGAGCGAGUGAUCGAUAGUAUGGAGAGAUUGGCAUGGCCUGUUGUCCACGGAUCUUUAUCGACGAUUCUUGGAGUGACAGUAUUGGCUUUUAUCAAUUCCUACAUGGUGCUCGUGUUUUUCAAAACAAUUUUCCUUGUUUUAAUCAUUGGAGUAUUUCACGCACUGGUUCUUCUCCCAAUCGUCCUCGAAGUCACGCAUCCUUAUGUUGAAAAUUUGAAUCGACGAAUCGAAAAGAAACUUGAGCAGAGAUCGUCGAAAAAUACGGAAAAACCGAGCGGUUAUGCAAUCAGCAUACCGGUCAAUGCGUUAUCC